AUGGAGGACUCGAAUGCUGAGACAACGCCAGCCUUCAGUUGCCUGUACUUCGGCUAUGCUUCAAACCUAUCCCCACGAACUCUGCAACAGCGAUGUCCGGGAUCCAUGUACGUCGGCCUUGCCGUCCUCCCCGGCUGGAAGUUCAUAAUCAGCUCGGUAGGCUUCGGCAACAUCAUUCGAGCCAGUGACGACGACAUUGUCUACGGCAACCUAUACUUCCUGACCCAGCAGCACGAAGACGCCCUCGACAAGUCCGAAGAAGUGCCGCACUGGCACCAGAAGCUAACUCUAGAUGUUCGAAUGGUAAGCAAAGACGGCAGUGGCUGGCAGAGUGGCCAGGAAGCACCAGCGACUUGCUACACAGAUACAAAGCGAACGACCGAGGGCGUUAUUUCGAAGGAGUAUAUCAUAUGGAUGCGGAAGGCGAUUGCCGACGGCGUCGAAAGCGGAGUGCCGGCGGACUACUUCAGGAAGUAUGUGGACAAAUUUUUGCCAGAGGAUGGACUCGUCGGCAAGGAAGAAGACAUCAUCAUGGUCAGAACGAUUGAGCAUAACAAGGAGGAUCUGCAAUUUGUUCCGAGAGAGAUGCUGAAGCGAGAGAGCUAA